AAUAUACCAACAAUGGGAAAUUGCAUAGUUCUUCAAGAAAAAGUUGUAAAAGUGAUGAAAACAGAUGGAAAAAUUCUUGAAUACAAAGCUCCCAUCAAAGUUCAUCAAAUUUUAUCACAAUUUUCUAGCCAUGUAAUUUCUAAUUCCCAUCAAGUCAUUGAAAAUCAACAUCUUCAACCAAAUGAUGACUUGCUAGGUGGCCAAAUUUAUUAUCUUUUGCCUAGUUUACCAAAGCAACCUCCUCCAAAAUCAGCCAAGAAAAAGGUCAAGUUUGCAAAUGAUCAAGUGAAAAAGAAGGUCAAGUUUGCAAAUGAUGAUCAAUUAGUAAAUGAUCAUGAGAAGGUCAAGUUUGCAAAAGAUCAAGUUGAAUUAUUAGAAGCUAAUCAUGAUCAUCACCAAAAGAAAGAGGUUAUUAGGGUUAAAAUUGUCAUUUCUAAGAAAGAGUUGCAAGAAUUGUUGAGUAGUAGUGAAGGUGGAAUAAUCAAAGUUGAUGAUAUGAUCAAGAGUACUACUAUUGUUGAAGAAAGUACAAUAACUAAUGGUAAAGGAUGGAAGCCUAUUCUUGAUAUUAUACCUGAAAUACUUGAUCACUAGCAUACUUACCCUUCCUACUUUUUUUUAAU